CAAUCCACUGCGAACCCGUGCGAGUCGCUCACUACGCAAAGACUUCAACAUGAAGGUUGCCGUCGUUCUCGCUUGCCUGCUGGUGGCCGUCGCUGCCAAGCCCCAGUUUGGUAGAUUUGGACUCGGUGGAUUUGGUGGUGCCAGGGGAAGCGCCAACUCUGGAUCCACUCAGGGACAGACCAGUGGUCUCUUCGGAAACAGCCAGAUUCAGAACAGCUUCGCUAACGCACAGGGCUCUGCAUUCGGCGGUGGAUCUUCCUUCAACCGUGCCAACAGCAACGCCGCUCAGAGUUUCGGACCCUUCGGAGGGCAGCAGAGCGCCAGCAACAACGCCUUCAGUAACCAGUUCGGACGCUAAUUGAGUGCUGCAUGAUAGCUAGGUCAUCUCUGUAUCACUAAUCACGCAUUAUGUUCCUGACGUUUUUAUAUGAUGGACGUUGACAUGUGACGCAUCUUUUCAUCCCGCACGUGUAAUAUCUGUUGAUGUUGAGCAAUAUAGUUACUGACACGACCA